AUGGCGGAACCAGGCGACGCCGUGGCCUUCAUCGGCGACGCCCCCUUCGAGGUCCUCAAGGCGAUCCUCGGCCGGCUGUCGCCCAAGUGGAUCCUCCGCAUGCGCUCGGUCUGCAAGGCGUGGCGCGACAAGCUGUGCAGCAGGGCCCUCCUCGCCCUGCUCCACCGCGAGGAGCCGCCGCGGCCGCUCCUCUGCUUCGACAGCGCCGCCUGCCCCGACCGCUACCUCCGGCUCAGGGACUACCGCGUCGAGUCCCUCGACCUUGGCUCCGACAAGCUGCGCUACGUCUUCCGGUUCCCCAAACGCGAGUUCUACGACUUCGACGACAACGACCUCUGGGGCCGUGACGCUCCCCACAUCGAGGCCUCCCGUGUCGACUUCGAAGGGAUGGAGAACGACGUCGACCGCUUCAGGCAGCAACUCUUUGUCCACGGUUCCCUCGAUGGUUACCUCCUCGUCUCCUUCGCCUUCCAUUCGUACGUCAUCAACCCCGCGACGCGCCGCUGGGUAUGGCUCCCGUAUCUUGAGGAUCUUGGGGACUUGCAAGUGGCCGGGUUCUAUGAGCAUGUCCCUUCCGGCGAUUACCGUGUGCUGUGCGUCACCGGCCGACAUAUCAGAGAAGAAGAACCGACAUGCUGGUACCACGUCCUCCAUGUGAGCCCUGUGCAGCUGCGGUACAUCGGGCGCCCCAUCUCGCCGGCCGCGCCCGAGGACCAAGUGUUACGCUCACAGUUAGCGUACGGGGUGGAGACGCCCUGCAUCUCCCCACCCAUCCAGUUCAAACGCAACCACCACCUGCACUGGCCGCCGCAGGACAUCCAGCAAUACCACAUGCUGGUGUUCGACACAGAGAAAGAGGAGUUCAGCUGGAAGAACCCUCCUCCUGAGAUUGAAGAAGAGAUGAGGCUGCUUGAAUUCCCGAACGGCGACCUCGGCCUGUCCCUCUCCAGGAUGAACAAGCCAACGCUGGAGCUCUGGUGUCUUCAGGAUUACCAGAACGACGUUUGGGUCCCCGUGUACCGGAUUCACCUGGCCCUCCAAGUCCAACAGAUGCCACGACUUCUGCGCCCUCUUGAUUUUUUUUUGGGUUCCAGCUGUUGUCUCACCAGAAGGAGAUAUGCUGAUCUAGUCCCAUCCCAUCCAUGGAUAUCCAAGCAACCAAACGCACCCCAACUGGGUGUUGCACUGUGA